GCGGUCCAGCGGCUUCAGCGAGACGCCAAGAUCAAGGCGGAAGUAUUCCUGGAGCUGUGCACCUACAACUCUAGGUCGUUGCAGGCGAAGGUGGCCAUGCAAGAGACCCACGGCAGGGGCGGAAGAAGGGCAGGGCGCCGGCCAGCCUACGGUCAUGACCUAGGAGCCACCAUCAACAAGAGGCUGAACCUGGCAGCCCAGUUCGCCGACAUGGGCGUCCACGUGGUCGCCCUCCAGCAUACCAUCUCGGACGGGGAGGUGAAGCGAGUGGGCCAGUGCACUUGCUGCUCCUCGGGCUGCCAGGACCCCGGCAAGGGCUGUGCCAUUUGGGUCAACGCGACCUUUCCUUUCGCAGUUCAAGGCCAGCCCCAGACGCUGGACCCCAAGAAGACGCUGCUAUUCCGCCAGCCGGACCGCAUCUCGGUUCUAAGAACCGAAGUCCCGACCGCCAAGAUCACCAUCGCAUCGGUGCAUGCGCCACGCGACGAGACGGACAGGGCCGAGAAGGAUGAGUUUUGGGAUCAUCUCUCCCGCCUCACCAGCGCAUGUUCCAUCGACAUCGUGAUGGGCGGCAUGCUGUUCAACUUCGCAGCGGCGCACUACCUCGAGGUCGUCAACACUGCGAAGGACAGAGGCUCGGCAUCGUUCGCGCACGUGGCCUCGAGAGGCCAGCGCCACCGCCUCGACUGCACCGUGAUCUUGGAGCACCUAGCAAAGCAUGUGCUCGCAGUCAUCACCGACUCAUGGUUCGACAAAGGAGUUACAGCAGACGGCCGCAUCCUUGUCCUUGCCACCAUGCGCCGGCAGAUCCGCGGCAAGACGACCAGGGGCGAAUUCACCCCAGACAACUCCAAGUUCGCCGACCCAGACGCCACAGACCUGAAGCGCGGCCUCAUCGCCGACAACCAACCUAGCAGGCUUUACGCCCCCGCCAAGUCCAUCACGGAUGGGACUUUAAGAGAGGUUGCCAACUACAUUGCGACGGAGCUCGACUCCAUCAGCCACGCCAUCUACUGGUUCCAGACACAAGACGGCUUGGCGCUGCAUGCCAUCAUGCUCGAGACAGGCCCACCGCUGGCCUACGUCAUCGAGCGCGGCCGCCGCAACUUCCUGUCCGCCCUCGCGGCCGCAGCGAAGGGCGCCCAGGCCAAGAGCGACGCCUACGGCAGCAGCACCGAGCACCGCUGCGCUUCGGCGGCAAGAAACCGCGCUGCAAGGGUUAUCACGGCCCAGCAGCUAGCCGACAAGUACAAUCAGGACAACGACAACAAGUUCUUCCAGGUUGAGCUGCAAGUCGAGGCGGCGUCGCCAUGCGGCGCGAGCCGCUACCAGAUGCGCUCGGAGGCGCCAGGCCCCAAGGGCGGGCCAGACGGCCUCACCAGCGCCCUGCUGCGCACAGCGCCCCGCCAGUGCGCAGAUAUGCUGCGCCCGCUCUCCGAGAAAGCCGCCGUCACAGGCUACGAGCGCACCCUGCAAGCCCACAGGGAGAUUAUGUUGAACAGUGUGCUGGGCAAGCACCACCACAUGUUCUAUUGGACGGUGCUCAACGGCUGCAUUGUUCUGACGUCCAGACAG